AACUAGUAAGUAUGUUUAUAAAACACGAAAACCAAACUUGCUUUAUUAAGUAAAUCAAUGAGUUAGGUUUUUUUAUUCUAGAAACUUUAUUUGCUGUCUUCUAAAAAUGAGCAUUCCAACGAACACUGAUUUUGGACCAGAUUCUGGCGGAAGAGUCAAGGGUAUAACCAUUAUAAAGCCGUUGGUGUAUGGAAAUAUUGCUAGGUCAUUUGGGAAGAAACGAGAGACUGAUGGUCACACACAUCAAUGGACGGUAUAUGUUAAACCAUAUUUGAAUGAAGAUAUGAGUGUUUAUGUUAAGAAGGUACACUUUAAAUUGCACGAAAGCUAUGCAAACGCCAACCGAAUCAUUACAAAACCACCAUAUGAGGUGACCGAAACAGGCUGGGGUGAAUUUGAAAUAGUCAUUAAAAUAUACUUUCACGAUCCGAACGAGAGACCAGUUACAAUUUAUCACAUAUUAAAAUUAUUUCAAUCACCGAUUGUGGAUGGAGAAGUAUCAUCCUUAGAUACAAAAAAAGUUUUGGUUUCGGAACAAUAUGAGGAAAUUGUGUUUCAGGAGCCAACUCAACUUAUGCAACAGCAUUUGACAAAUGUUCCGCCGAUCUCGUCGGUCGAAUGGAAACAUGAUACUGAUUUUGAAGAAAAGAAAGUAAGGACAUUGGAGAGUAUUAUUGAUUGCAAAACAAAAGUUAAAAAUGAAAUAGCUGAUUUGAAGGAAAAAUUAAAACUUUCCAGGGAGACAAUCACUAAAUUUAAAGGAGAAAUUGCAAAAGUUCAAGUAGGAACAACUUCAUAAUAUAUUGUAAAGCAAAAUAAAAUUAUCGAAUUAUUUAAGUAAA